GCCACACGUGAGGAUAAAAACCUACACUCUCAUGAUGACAUCUGAAAGGAAGCCCGUAGACCCGUAACGAUAAAUAAAAGAAAGCACUUCCUAAAUAAGCAAAAUCAUCGCUUGUUUUUCUCAAUUCAACUUAUGACAAGAUACAAUAAUUAAUUGUGAUUAGUAGAUGAAGCGUACUGUACCAAAUAAGGCGUCCAAAUUUUUCGAAUUAGUUAAAAAACUAGUAUUAGCGUAGAUGAAUCAGUUGUGAUGCGCGGUCCACCUGUGUACAGCCGAGCUGUCACAGAAGUUCGAAAGACUGUUUGCACGUGGGUUGUGAUGCUAGCACCGCUAUACGUCUAAACUUGCGAGAGAGAUGAACGUUAAGUGUUCGGUAUCGCCAGAACACUUGAGUGAAAGUUUGCCAGGCGCGCUCGACGCGCCGGCCAUGACUAUGUGAGUGGGGUAUCGGUCUGGUUCUUGGCAUGGGCGUGUAGUGGGGCGCCUGGGGCGAGAUGGCGGCGGUCGCCGGCCUCUACGGGCUGGGUGACGACCAGCGCGCCAGGCACCGCCGCGGACAGCAGGCCCACACCGAGCGCUCCGAGUCCAGAGACGACAACACAGAGGCGUCGCUACCGAAACUCUGCAGCCAAGAAGAGGAGCAAGGUCGCCCGCCACAGGGAGGCGUUAUAACGUUCGAGCCUAUUCAACACGACCACGAUUUCUGCGAAAGGGUUGUGAUAAAUGUGAGUGGCUUGAAGUUCGAGACCCAGCUAAGAACACUGAACCAAUUCCCGGAGACGUUACUGGGGGACCCAUCACGAAGGAUACGGUACUUCGAUCCGCUACGGAACGAGUAUUUUUUCGACCGGAACCGACCGUCGUUCGACGCAAUACUGUACUAUUACCAAAGCGGGGGACGCCUGCGACGCCCCGUCAACGUCCCUUUGGACGUCUUUUCAGAAGAAAUUAAAUUUUACGAACUCGGAGAGCAGGCUACUAACAAAUUCCGAGAGGACGAGGGCUUCAUAAAGGAGGAGGAGAAGCCACUUCCAUCUAAUGAGCGCCAGCGCAAAAUCUGGCUCCUGUUCGAAUACCCUGAGAGCUCCCAGGCUGCGCGCGUCGUUGCGAUCAUCUCGGUUUUUGUUAUCCUGCUAAGUAUUGUCAUCUUCUGCUUAGAAACUCUACCGGAAUUCAAACACUACAAGGUCUUCAACACCACCACCAACGGUACCAAGAUCGAAGAAGACGAAGUACCCGAUAUCACGGACCCAUUCUUCUUGAUUGAGACUCUCUGCAUUAUAUGGUUUACUUUUGAACUCAUAGUACGCUUUUUAGCGUGUCCGAACAAGUUCAAUUUCUUCAGAGACGUGAUGAAUAUUAUAGACAUUAUUGCGAUCAUACCUUACUUCAUCACCCUGGCUACUGUCGUCGCUGAGGAGGAAGACACCUUGAACCUGCCUAGAGCACCAGUUUCUCCACAGGACAAAUCUACCAACCAGGCCAUGAGUCUUGCCAUAUUACGAGUGAUUCGUCUCGUACGAGUCUUCCGUAUCUUCAAACUGUCCCGUCACUCCAAAGGAUUACAAAUCUUAGGACGGACUCUAAAAGCAUCUAUGCGCGAACUCGGGCUGCUUAUAUUUUUCCUGUUCAUCGGUGUGGUGCUGUUUUCAUCUGCGGUGUACUUCGCUGAAGCCGGAAGUGAGAACAGUUUCUUCAAAUCCAUACCUGAUGCGUUUUGGUGGGCGGUCGUGACAAUGACGACCGUAGGAUACGGGGACAUGACGCCAGUCGGAGUGUGGGGCAAAAUCGUUGGUUCUCUAUGCGCGAUCGCUGGUGUGCUCACCAUCGCGCUGCCAGUGCCGGUCAUCGUGUCCAACUUCAACUACUUCUACCACCGCGAGACGGACCAGGAGGAGAUGCAGUCGCAGAAUUUCAAUCACGUCACCAGCUGUCCUUAUCUGCCCGGCACUAUGGGCGAGCCCUAUCUGAUUUCAGGGCCGAUCCAGAAGAAGUCAUCCGUGAGUGGCGAUUCAUCCUCUGAUAUGAUGGACUUGGAUGAAACAGUAGCGCUGGUGGCUGAUCCGAAUCUAGAGCAGAAUCUCCGUCGUCUCCGGGAAGAAGAACGGCUGCUGUUAGAACAGCAGGCGGUGAUGGAAGCCGGCAACGUGGAUGACAUCGCGGCACUUGAGCACCAGGAUGCCCUGCGCCUAAACCAGCUGCAACAACAUGAGCUGCAGAGGCAGCAGGCGUUGGCAGUUCAACGCUUGGCUUUUCGCCAGGCGCAGGCCGCGGCCCACGCCCAAGCGCAGGCCCAUGCCCAGGCCCAAGCCCACGCUCAGGCCCAGGCUCAGGCCCACGCCCAGGCGCAAGCCCAUGCCAACGCAGUGGCUCUUGACAGCCUUGCUUUCGGUGCCGUCGCCGCUGCAGCCGCCGCCGCUUCCAUGGCCUCUGCUUCGGUCGCUGCUGGCUCUAUGGCCUCAGCAUCCGGAGCCGUGGCCUCCGCAUCUGGACACAUGGCUUCCGCAUCCGUACCCAUGGCCUCCGCAUCCGGACCCGUGGCCUCCGCAUCCGGACCCAUGCCCUCUGCAUGCGGGCCCAUGCCUUCUGCAUCCGGACACAUGGCCUUAGCAUCCGGACCCGUGGCCUCCGCGUCCGGUCCAAUCCUCUUCACAACAGGGACUGAAGCCACCGCAUGUGGACCUGUGACCUCCGCAUCUGGGCCGAUCGCCUCAAAAUCCGGACCGAUAGCCUCAAAAUCCGGACCGGUCGCCUCAAAAUCCGGACCGAUCGCCUCAAAAUCCGGACCGAUCGCCUCAAAAUCCGGACCAAUCGCCUCGGUAUCCGGACCAAUCGCCUCGGUAUCCGGACCAGUCGCCACCACGUCUGGAAUAGUCGCCACCACGUCUGGAAUAGUGGCCACCGUCUCCGGAGCUGUGGCAUCGGCAUCCAACGCGUCUUCCUCUGCCGCGCCUACCGUCUCCACCGGCGCCACUCGCCGCGAUCCCCGCCGCCGCUCUGCUCCUAAUGUAUAUACUUCGAACUGCUUACUACCGCUUCAUACACUUUCUCGCGUAUUUAGGAAAUGGUUUUCCAUGACCAUCAACGACUCAAAGGCCUACUACGUACAUAGAUGUAACCAGGGUCGACAUUUAGUACCUCCACCACAUCGGGCCACAUAACAAAAGUACGGAAGUGAAAAUUCAUGUUGUUAAAUCACGACCUGAACGAAUGAACUGUAAACGUCAUAAUGCUUUGUUCAGAUACGUCUAGAUGUUAAGGUCCUGUCAAUGAAGUGCACAGCCGAUGGUUGAAUUCUCCGUCAGUUACAUCUGUGCACAUUGACCUCCAUAAUUUUGAGGACAGCUAGCUUCACAGCUUCAAGAAAUAGUACAUGUGAAAUUGGACGAGACGUUCACGCGAUCAGCAGUCGAGCCUCUCGCCCGGUCACAAAUACAUCACGGAUUAUUCAAACAAUUAAAUCUGCGGAGAUUUAUUGGCCUACUACCAAAACAAGGCCUCCGAGAACAGAGACAAACUCAUUGCUAAACUGUAAUGCAGACAGUCGAAAUACAAUUAAUGUGGGGUUCAUAGACGGUAUUAUUUGUGAAAUGUUGAGCAUUUAAACCGUGCGUGAUAUCAUUAAGAUAUCAAAUUCGUAUAUUUAUUAGUCACCCCCCGUGUCAGGUCCCCAGUACCGUGUCAGUGUAUCCCGCAACAGCCACGGAUUCCACGAAUGUUUUAAACGUACAUAAUUAUAAUAUGUGUUGUAACUAAUUUAGUGUGUGUAUUCAUGCCGGUGUACCCUCCCGGUCAUUUACGGUCUCUCAUGUUGUUCUUUUACGCGUAUCAAUGAAAUUGUAUCUAUAUUAAAUACAUAGUGUACAGUGGUUGUGAAGUAUAUGGCGGAACGGAAGAUAUUUACAGGAUGUAGCAGGCAUUGUAUUAGUCAAGUUAUGUAAACAUAUCCGAUAAGAUGUGAAUUUAUGUAUUAUAUUGUGUGUUUACUAGAUCGAACGUUAGACAGAUUCGUUGCACAAAUUAUCGGGUUACGACAAAAAAAUGCAAAAUUAGUUGUCGGACGAAGCAGUUCCGCUUUUCGGAACUUUCGCGGGGUAAAUUUGGUUAACAACGUCAUGUGACUCCGUUCAUUCGGAGCGGCCGCGGUCUGUCUAAGCAUUGAAGGAUAGUUUUGUUAAAGGAUAUUGUACUUAUCAUUAUUAGUAACGUAGUAUUACAUUUGAAAUAAUUUUAAAAUCAUAUCAUUACAUAACAUUUCAUAGCGUUAAAAGCAUUUAGAAGACACAAUAUUUAUGCCGUGUAUCCUAGAUAAGUUAAUAAGUAGAAUAGUUGUUACUGUAGUUAUUAAGCGCUACCCUUUUAUUGGGUACUUAUUUUUCAGCUAAAUUCAAUAGUAUUUUCAUAUACCAUUAAUGGUAACUCUGCCUGUCGUUCUUGUAGCUAAAUAUUUCGGCCUCAGUUUCACUUGUUGCUGUGCAAGUACACCAGCCGCCAAAAGAUAUUAACGCGCAAUAGAUAUUUAGACUUCAAUUGUACGUACAUAAAGUAACACAAGUAAGCUUUCAAAUUAAUUACCAUUUAAUUAACAUCGAUAUAAACAUUCGUCAUAAAUAAUUAAUAUAUUUCUCAAUAGGACCUAAAUAAAAUUAUUUCUGGAGUCAUACACUUGUUAGAUAGUAAGAACACUUUGUCUUCAGUCAAUUAAAUGUUUUAGUUUGUGCAUGUUAUUGACCAAAACGUGGCACUAGUGACUCAAAAAUACUUCAUAUCGCCAAUCGUCUUUUAUUAACAAGCAUUUACACCGCCAAAAAUGUUCAAAACAAAUGGACUGCCGUCAGUUUCGUCAAUUAGAUGUUCAAACUUCGUUUCUACGAACGCGUAACGACUAUAUUAUUAUAUUUAAUUAUGUGUUCUCUAUUAUUUAUUAGUGCAAUGGCGUUGUAAAAACAAUGAUGUGUUUCGCCGAAACUUCUCGGUUAACGCCAUUCUUGUUUCGUAUACUCGUGUUCGUUAGGAAUCUUCUCUGGACCGUAAAUGUAGGGAGCCGAGGCUGUUGCGAUGUGUGUUAGAUUAUAAUAGAUGUUGUUAUACAUAAUUACUAUGUGCAUGUACAGUACUUGCAGAAAUACGUAGUAAAAGUUCAAGCUGACGUUCUACUUUCAAAUACAAACUGUUGAUACAAAAUUCACAAAAAUUGUUACAAAUUUUGAAUGUGAAUAAUAUGGUCGGAAGAGGGUGUUCGUUGCAGCAGUAGAGCUCCUUGGGAAAGAGUUCGUCCAGGUCCAGACAGGUACU